UUUCAUGGUUGCUGCAACACAACUCCAAUUUCAACCAACUCAACUUUCCCCUUCCUAAAUAAAGAGAUGUGACACAAAAACAAUGCUAGCAUCUUACCUUUAUAUUCCCUCAAAUAUAUCUUCUUGCAUCUCCAUUUUCUUUCCCUUAUUCUCAUUUCUUUUUCCAAUUUCCCAUCAUCUUUCCUCCUCUUCUUUUGCUUUCUAAAGCUUCAAUUCAUGUACCGUCUUUCUCAAGCUUUCCUCUUCCACUUUUUUAUCAUGGUAUAAGGUAGGUCAAUUAACAAAUUAUCUCCUUAUUUGUUCCUCUUAUCUUCUAAUCACAUAGAAUAAGUAGUGUAUUCCAUCAUGAAUUAGUUAGCACCUUGUCUUUGUCAUGGAAUUGUAUGGGUGCAAGUAAUAUACUUGUUGUACUCAUUAUUGUAUCUCCAUUUUCUAAAGCUGUCUGUCUAGUUCUUUCUUUGCAAAAAAAGGUGAAUGAAAAAGACAUCAAGCUUAUUAUGACUUUAGUGAUGGAACAAAGUACUUCUUGAACAGAAGCUCUUCAAAGUCUCCGGCUUAUUUCGUUUUCCUUUGAGAGUUCCCUUUCAUAGCUAGCUUAGUGUUAGUUCUUGUUUGAUAAUAACGCGUAAAAUAGAUCAUCAAUAAUGUUGAGAUCCUCUAGUUUCACCAACAAUAAUACUAGUCCCAUAUUAUAUGUGGACAAUAUAUUGAGCUACCUCUUAGAUGACUUGAACCCGAAUUCCAAGCAAGAAGACCCUACUACUUACUCAACAUCUUACUAUCAUUUGCCUUCUCCUUUGAUUUACAAUGAAAUCGAUGAUUUUGUUAGCAACCAUGAUCUUGAGUUCAUCCAACAAGCCUUGAAUGCUAAUAAUAGUAAUAACUCGUUUAAUUUCACGGAUGAUUCUUCCAUCUUGGAUGUUGAUAAUAAGGUGGUGGAUGGUUCAAACAAGGGUGAUGAAAUCAAUGGAAUAGUAGAAGAUGGUGAAAUGAAUCACACCAUUAUAAGCUCAACAAAGAAAAGUAGUACUAGGAACAACAAUGGAGGGCUGAAGAAGAAGAGAGCUUCGAAUAAAGAUAGGCAUAGCAAGAUCAGAACGGCUCAUGGAUUAAGAGAUCGGAGAAUGAGACUAUCUCUUCAAGUUGCUCGCCCGUUUUUCAAGUUACAAGACAUGUUAGGCUAUGAUAAGGCUAGUAGAACUGUGGAGUGGUUGUUGUUACAAUCUAAAUCCGCCAUUGAAGAGAUCCUUCAUAGCAAGAGUACAAGCCCUAGUGGUGUGACCAAGUGUACAAUAUCUUCAACUUCUGAUGACUGUGAAGUAGAAUCAACAAUAAUUGAAGAAAUGAAGGAAGAUCGUAAGGAGAAGAGAGCUUCAACAUGUGUUACUAAAAAAGAUGAAGUUAAGCAGAAGAGAAAGAGAACUACAAAAGAGGAAAGAAAGGUGGCAAGAGAGAGGGCAAAGAAAAGAACAUUAGAAAGGAUGCAAAGUAGAGGCCGUGUUACAGGCGAAGGAAGCAAUAAUUUUGUUCUUGAUGACUUUGAUCUCACAGAAAACUGGAACCCCUUAACAACUUUUAGUUACCAACAAAGUUUUGAAGAUUGCCAAACUGUUCCUAACUACACGAUUUCGACACAACAGAACAUGGUUCACGGCCCACAGUAACAAAAAUCAAGCUGGCCUGACUGAGAUGGUGUACAAAGUACCACUCUUAGAUGGUUUACACCGAGUUUGCUAGGUUUGUUGUGCGGGAUACCUCACUUUCUUUGGUGGGGGUAUCGGGUAUGUACUAUAUGUACGCAUAAGGUGAAAACCCUUCUGCUGUCAAGAGUACUUAGAUUUACUUUUUAUGCUUCAAGUAAUGCUCUAGUGUUGCCUUGGUCUUGAAAAUAUCUCAGAAUGUAUUUCAUGAAUGCUGUAUAUAGUACUAGUACCAAAUGCUAAUAAAGUAAUAACAUCAGAUUAUUUAGAAUGA